AGUUGUACGCCCCUCAGAGGUCCCUGGAGCGCCGGCGGCUGAAGUCUUUCCCCAACAUUUCCAGACUCUUUCUCUCUCGCUCGCUCGCUCGCCGUCCACUGAUGAAUCGAACUCACCUUAAUUCGAUCAGCGAAGUUCUCAGCGCCUCAACCCAUUUCACAUCUCACAGCCAUCUCAGAACGCCCCUUUCAACGCCAUCGUUUUGCACGUCCUUUUCCGUAUCGGCGUCGUCGUCGUCGUUAUCGUCUUCUCCUUCUUCUUCUUCUUCAUCCCUCCAAGGUCUGCAGAAUUCUCCCAAAAAACCAGUCUUGAGUCCGCUCUAUAACUUGCUUUCCGAGACACAAAACCCCAGCAAACUGGUCGACCUCAUCUGCUCGUCUCUCAAGAACCCAAAUCCCCAUCUUGCGCUCCUGCGUAACGACCUGAAGUCGCUCCUUUCCCAUCUGGGUGAUGACGAAAUCUCGCGGGUUUUGUUGAGAUGCCAAUCUGAUCACGCCUCCGCUCUCACUUUUUUCAAUUGGGUCAAGGAUGAUUUGGGUCUCAGACUCAGCGCUCGCAACUAUUGCCUCGCAAUUCACGUUGUGGCUUGGUCCAGACAAUUUCCUCAAGCAAUGAGGUUGCUGACCGAGUUGGUUGAGCUGGCUGAGGAUGUUGUGGCUCCCGACGGAGAUGUUUUCGGCGCUUUGCUCUUGUCUAGCGAGGGCUGUAACUGGGACCCAGUUGUUUUCGACAUGCUCAUCAAGGCUUACUUGAAAAUGGGGAUGGUCAAGGGAGGUCUCAGGGCAUUUAGGAAGGCGAUUGAGGUAGGUUUUGUCCCUAGUGUGAUUUCUUGCAAUUUCCUUCUGCAUAAAUUGUUGAGGUUGAAUUGGUUUAAGGAGUGUUGGCAAGUUUAUGGAGUGAUGGGGAGAGUUGGGAUACACCCAAAUUUGCAUACCUUCAAUAUUUUGACCAACGUCUUGUGCGAGGAAGGAGAUAUCACUAUGGUGUAUGAGUUCUUGGAGAAGAUGGAAGAAGAAGGAUUCGAGCCGGAUAUUGUGACCUAUAAUACCUUGAUAUAUAGUUAUUGCAAGCAAGAGAGGUUAGAGGAUGCAUUUUACUUGUAUAGGAUUAUGUUCCGAAGAGGGGUUGAGCCGGAUUUGAUCACGCACACGGCCCUAAUCAACGGGCUUUGUAGGAUAGGGAAGGUCAGGGAGGCUCAUAAGCUCUUUCAUCAGAUGGUGAAUAGGGGGCUGACUCCGGAUGUUAAGACAUAUAACACUCUCAUACUUGGUUACUGCAAGGAAUCGAAGAUGCAGGAGUCAAGGUUGUUGUUGCAUGAAAUGAUUGGAAGAGGGAUUUGCCCUGACGAUUUCACUUGCCGUGUUCUUGUUGAAGGAUAUGGGAACAAGGGAAGCUUGGUUUCUGCUCUGAAUUUGGUCGUGGAGCUUUGGAGAUUUGGGUGUUCCGUUUCCUAUGAAAUCUACAAUUAUCUAAUAGAUUACCUUUGCCGAGAGAAUCGACCCUUUGCAGCUAAGAAUUUUCUUGAUGGUAUAUUGAAGUAUGGUUAUAUCCCAACUUUGCAAAUGUAUAAAAAGCUUAUAGAGUCUUUCUGCGAGUGUGAUGGUGCCAACGAGGCACUACUUCUGAAAGGUGAAAUGGUAUGCAAGAACAUGAAACCUGAUCUUGAAGUAUACAGGACUCUUAUGUGCUGCUUAUGCAGAACAGGAAGAAGCGAGGAGAGUGAAGCACUGAUGGAAGAAAUGGAUAAAGGCGGAGUUCCACCUGAUCUAGAUAUAUGCAGGGCAUUAAUCUGUGGGUAUUGUAAGGAAAAAAAUGUCGAUAGGGCCGAAUAUUUGUUAGGUCUCAUUGCUGCGAAAUUUCAUAUUCGAGACUCUGAGAGUUACAAUGCCCUAAUCAGUACUGUGGGUGAGCAAGGGGAUGCGGCUAAGCUGAUGGCUCUACAGGACAGAAUUUUGAAGAUGGGCUUUGUGCCGAACAGCCAAUCAUGCAAGCAUAUAAUCGAUGGAAUACGAAAAGCUGCUGUGGCUCAUAAGCAACCUUCCUGAGGAUUGUGCGAGGAGUAGGUGUGGAUGAAGCAGCCAAAUAGCCCCAGUCUCUUGAAAUUUCAGAUUCAAGCCUCUGACUUACAAUGCUCUAACCGGUACUGUUGGUGAUGAAAGGGAUGUGGCUAAGCUGAUGGCUCUACGGGACAGAAUUCUAAAGAGGGGCUUUGUGCUGAAUUGCCAAUCAUGCAAGCAUAUAAUCAUGUUAUGCACAAGGCUGCUCUGGCUUAUUAUGCAACCUUCCUGGGGACCUGACCUUGUGAGAAGUUGGGAAGUUGGUGUGGGUGAACCAUUUGAACAGGCAGAUCACUGCUGAGUGGGAUCGGAUUGGUGAUUAGUGAAGCUGCAAAUUUCUUGAUUGCAGGUAAUAUCCCUAAGAGUUUACGAGAAUACUGAAUGAAGCAGAACAUCCUCUGGAGAAAUGACAGUUUGUUCCUGAAAUGAUGCAUGAGGCAGUACUUCAAAGUUGCCGAAAUGGGUACUUUUUCUUCCAGUUUCGGGUCUUUGGCUGCAUAUCUGGGAGCUGUAAUACAUGAAU